AAUAAAAAUGUUAAUGCACAUAUGUUCUCUUUAAAUGUUGUAAUAUUUCUAUUCUGAUGUCAGCGAAGUAGGCAAUACCAGGGUAUGAGGGUGCGUCGCUUGGCUCCAAUGUCCCGCAAGUCUGUAAUACACAACAAGUCUCCGGCAGUCUGGCAACAUUUCCUGAAAGACCUCUGCAACAACCUAUCCCUUCAUGGUCUGCCCCACAUAGCCCGCCAGGAUAGAUUCCUUUGUGAGAGGUAUGAGCUAUGGAUGCUCAAUUUUCAAUAUCAAUGGAUGAUCUUGAGUUGUGAGUUAUUCGAGUUGCCGGCAGUGGAAGACGUCGGAUUCCGUAAAGUUCUGUGGGCAAUAUUGGUGACUGUGGCUACUUUAGCGAUGGUUGUGGUUGGUUACAACUCUUGGCUGGCCUACCGUCACCCCACAGUAACGACAACGGUAGCUACAACCCGCAAUGACUGUGCUAACAUUCCCUUCCCCUCCCUCACCAUAUGCGACACCAGUCGAGUUGAUUGGCGUCGUGCACUCCAACUCACUCAGAGGUGUAAACUUGCCAUCCUGACACCAGAAAAAGUAUUUUUAGAUAAUAUCCUAGGCUGCCUCCCAGCUAUAUCAUUUAAAUGUUGCUCAUGGAUUAAUAAUGAUGUAAAAUUUAAUUUUCCCAGGGACAUACCGAAUGGAGGAAAUAUAACUCUUGACAAAGUUUUAGUUCUAUUGAAGGCACUGGCUGACAUGACGUUUGGUGACUUUGACUUCAUGGAAACAUUGACCAGUGCAAAUCUUACUUCCGAGGAUUUUGGUCAAAUUGAUAUCGAAGAGCUCCUCAGGAAAGUGCAACGUUCUUGCUCAGAGGUAUUUCACGGUAUGUGUUGGUGGAGAGAGAACUAUCAUGACUGCUGCUCUCUCUUUGAGGUACAGAGAACUGACCUAGGCUUUUGUUACUCCUUCAACAACGACCUCUCUGAACCAAGCCACGUAGUUUCUUGGGGCUAUGGUCGAGGGAUGGAGCCGCAGUACUGGAGGGAUUGGACUGGAGAAGUAAGACCUCGAAGGGCCUCUACCAGUGGUCCCUGGACAGGUCUUAGGAUGACAGUUGAGGUUAUGUCUUCAGAACAGCUGCCCACUGGAACAAAUAUAACUCCUGGAGUAAUGUUUUACCUGGAAGAGCCCCGCAGUUUCCCUAACAGUGAGAAUCAAAGAAUAGACCCAGCUACAUUUGUUGACAUUCGUGUCUACGGUAUUACACUACAGGCAGAGAGACGAGUACGCUUCUUGGACUUUGAGGACCGCAAUUGUCUCUUCAUGGAGGAGCGAGUUGGCUGGACAGGGGCUUACAACGAACACAACUGUCUGGCAGAGUGCAGUAGAGACUAUGCCAAAGCUUACUGCAACUGCAGUCCAGACUUCUUAUUUAUUUACAAUGUAUUUUUCAACUCCCUUGAACCCAAAAGUGGACAUGAAUUUUUCCAAUCUCAAACAGAAGGCAUGCAGUGUGACUGUCCAGCUGAUUGUAACAGUCAGCAAUACAUGUUUGAUACCUCCAUUUCACAGACACAGAAUCUUUCACACAUUGGGUUUGACCUGCACUAUAAAGGAAAGUAUAACAUGUUGUACAAAACGGACGUGAUGUAUGGUCCUAUGGAGUUUUUGGUUGCUCUAGGAGGGAUAGCUGGACUGUUCUUGGGAGGUUCUCUACUCAGUGCUGUGGAGAUUCUAUAUUUCUUUACUUUCCGUCUGUUCUAUCAUUGGAAACAAACAAAAAGAGCAAAGGCACAGCUUCCUCCUGUUGUCAAAUUUGUAUAUCCCAAAUACUGAUCACAUUGUAUAACUAUU